AUGUUGGCCCCGGGGGCGGCGGGACGGGUGCUGAGCCGGGCCCUGAGCCUGAGCCAUGGUUCACCGGGGGCGGCGGGACGGGCCCUGAGCCGACCCCAUAGACCCGGCACUGUGGUGGUGGAGCGGGUGUGGCCGGUGCCCCUGGGCAGGGCGGGCUCUCCGCCCCGGCUGCACCCCCGGCGGCACCGCGUGUUCCGGCUGCUGCGGGACGGCAAACACCAACCGCGGGGGGCCAUGGAGCUGCUGCUCACCCGCACCGUGCAGGAUCUGGGCGGCCGUGGGGACGUGGUGAGGGUGAGCAAAGGCCGGGGCAGGAACCGACUGCUGCCCCAGGGCCUGGCCGUGUACCCCAGGCCCGAGGAGCUGCAGGAGCUGCAGCAGGAGCAGGCUCAGCAGGGGAAGCUGGAAGAGCCCCAGACCCAGAGUGGGCAGAAGACCCUGGAAUUCCUGCGGCGCUGCCGGCUCCAGGUGGGGAUGAAGAACAACCUGAGCUGGGAGCUCAGCCCCGAAAUCGUGGCCCGUCACUUCCUCAAGAACCUCGGGGUGUUCGUGCCCCCCCACGCCCUGCGCCUGCCCCCGGAGCCCAUCACACGCUGGGGACACUUCUGGUGUGACGUCACGGUGAACGGGCUGGACACGGUGCGGGUUCCCAUGGACGUGGUGCAGUUCAUGCGCCCCAAAACCAAACGGUUCCGGCACUGGCAGGAGCAGCAGCAGAAGCAGCUGGAGAGCAGCCGGGAGCGGCUCCUCUGAUCCCCUGAAGGAUUUGGGGUCCCCAGAAUUGAUUUGGGGUCAUCCCCCCCCCCCCCGCCCCCCCCCCCUCUUUGUGACCUCUGGGGAACCCCCGGACAUAGCUGGAUUCCCAGAGCAGCAGCUCAGGAAUUUUGGAUUGUCCUGAGCUCCCCCAAAUCCCUCCCUGAGCCCCACUCUGGUCCAGGGGUGUCCCUGGGGUGGGUUUGGGGUCCCUGGGGUGGGUUUGGGGUCACUGGGGGAGGUUUGAGCUCCCCAGAAUGGAUUUGGGGGUGUGUGUCCGUCCCUCCCCCCCCCCCAUCCUUACCUGUGGAGAGCUCCAGGAGCAGCAGCUCCCUGGAAAAAGGCAUUCAGUGGAAUUUUGGGGAGGUCUCAGAGGUUUUGGGGGGCUGUGGAAUUGUUGUGAGACCCCCGGGACCCCCCCCUCGAACCCCCAAAUCCCAGGGGCAUCCCCAGGAUGGAUUUGGGGUCCCUAGGAUGGAUUUGGCGGGGGGGGGGAGUUUCCCUCCUUGGGACCCUCCCUCACCUGUGGGGAACUCUCUGGGGUCCAGAAAAGGGUGAUCAGGAUUUUGGGGGAUCCUAGGAUUUUUUUUUUUUG